GUAAAUAAGUGCCAAAAACAAUGACGCAAAACCCUAAGUUAUCGAGUCCUUUUUCUUUUCGAAUUUCAAAACUCCUCACCUACCAACGGCUCUUUAUCUCUCCACACCACCACUCCCUCUCCUCCUCUCCUCCAUUUACCCACCACCAUUCUCACGUUCUCCAAAACUCUCAUCUUUCUUGUUCUUCUGUGCAUUUGGAGCCAUAAAGAUCAAAACUUUCGGCUUAUUUUCUGUUUCCGCAAAGAUGGGUGCUUCCGGGAAGUGGGUGAAAUCCCUUAUCGGUCUCAAGAAACCAGAGAAAGACGGAAAUGAAACGAGUAGCGGAAAGAUCAAGAAAUGGAAGAUAUGGAGGAGUUCUUCAGGCGAUUCAGGGUUGUCGGGCUCAACAUGGAAGGGUUUCAGAGGAAAGCAUCGGUCUGAGUCAGAGUGUUCCGAUUCUUCUGAUGCUUUCUCCGCAGCCGUUGCAACAGUUGUCAGAGCUCCACCUAAGGAUUUCAAAGCUGUUAGGGAAGAAUGGGCUGCUAUUAGAAUUCAGACAGCGUUCCGUGGCUUCUUGGCAAGAAGGGCGUUGAGGGCGUUGAAAGGAAUAGUAAGGCUGCAAGCUCUGGUGCGUGGAAGGCAAGUAAGGAAACAAGCGGCUGUGACACUGAGGUGCAUGCAAGCCCUUGUCCGGGUGCAAGCCCGUGUUAGAGCACGUCGUGUGAGAAUGUCGAUUGAAGGAAAAGCCAUUCAGAAACUUCUCGAGGAGCAUCGGAGCAAGGCCGAUCUCUUGAAACAAGCCGAGGAAGGAUGGUGUGAUAGCAAAGGAACGGUAUGCGAUAUCAACACGAAGCUGCAGCAGAGACAAGAAGGCGCCUUCAAGAGGGAACGUGCAUUAGCUUAUUCUCUCGCACAAAAGCAAUGGAAAUCGAACCUGAGCUCGAAUCUGAAGACGAACAAUUCGAUCUCAUACCUCAAAAGCCAAGAGUUUGACAAGAAUAGCUGGGGAUGGAGUUGGUUGGAGCGGUGGAUGGCUGCUCGGCCAUGGGAGACAAGACUUAUGGAACAGCAAUCAAAACCCGAAACCAUGGAGGCAAAGAGCUGUGCCACUGUCUCUGCAAGCAAGCAUUUGAAAUCGCCCGAACCUCCAUUAGCAAGAGUCAGGAAGAACAAUAUAACAACUCGGGUAUCUGCAAAACCCCCUCAAAGUGGAACUCGGUCUUCUUCGAGUCCCUGCUCUGAAUUUACGAACCAGGAUGAGAGCCCGGCUUCCUCGUCCAUCUGCACUUCAACCACGCCUGCCUCCAGAAACACUGGCCUUGUUUCAGAUGAGAUGGGCAGCAACGAAAACAGCAGUAGUAAAACUAACAAGGCGAGGCCGAGUUACAUGAACAUGACAGAAUCAACAAAGGCGAAGCGGAGAACUAACCGGGUUUUCAGACAAUCCAUGGAUGAAUUUCAGUUUUUGAAGAAUUCAGGCUUGUUGAGCAGUCCUGCUUCAGAUCCUCCGUCAGUUAAUUUCUCCAAACCCCUCGGUCUCCCCACCGCAUUCUAGAAGGUUCCUAAGGUUGGUGUCUGCAUCGAAGGAAAGUUUUCAACAGCUUGUUGUUCUGUUGUGUUAGUAACUGUGUAUGUUUGAGUAGUUCCAGUUCUUAUGUAAUCAUGCUGUAUAACAUUUUCGAAGUUGAGAUUUUUGUGUCGGGAAGAUCCA